CCCGGCCAUUUACAGACCGAACUCGAGUUGGAAAGUAGACCACUCUCUGAGAAAGAAUUAUUGAAAAAUGCUUUCCAGUGCUUUAUAUGUGGCUUUCGUCUUUUGUGGGAUACUGUUUAUGGCGGAAGCGCUAGCAUAUCCUGGAAAACGCUACGUGUCCUGUGGUGCCAGCUACUUAAAACUCGGUUGCUACAACGAUAAACAUGCAAGAGGCCAUCGUCCACUGUCGAAUCUGCUUUUCACUGACCGCGAUCCUAAAUCGUACAAAUUUAGCGGCAAACGAAUUGAUUGGGAGAAUCUGGACUCGUACAUGAAGGAUGUUGUGUGCCGUUGUGCCGAACAAGCGAAGGCUCAGGGCUACAUGUUUUUUGGACUGCAGUUUUACGGGGAAUGCUGGGCUUCGGAAGAAUUCACUUUCAACAUCGACGGCUUGGGGGAGGGUUGUAUGUCUUCCGACUACGAACCAUGCACAGUUUCAUCCAGUUUGUGUGUUGGCGAGGGAUUUAGCCUCUUCGUGUACAAUGUUCGGCAGUGAUGAAUACAGGCAGCGGCCGGAAAGUUGAUAUUGAACACAGUAGCGUUAGGGUCUCUUUAUCAUACUGACAUAUUUUAGCACUGUUAGGUACCUGAAGACUGCACGAAAUAAAUUUAUUUUCUUGCAAUGA